AUGCCACGGUCAACACGCAACUCAAAUGCCUCCAAGAAGAGGAUAUUACGCGGUGGUAACAGUAGCGAAAGAAGCAGGAAUCGGACCAUCUCUUUAGACAACAAUAAGCCCGGAACUCCACGAAAAUCGCUUCGUUCCGCCAAAGCCUCGCCUGCUCCCUCGGUUGCUUCCUCAUCGGCAUCCACAGUCUCCACAACUACCACCACCGUCACUCGCUCGCUUCGAAAGCGAGCUCCGCCCUCUCCAGAAAAGGAGACUCCCUCCCCAGUGCAAGUACCUAUCAAUGAUGGUACGGGUUAUAAGAGACGUCGUGUUUCCGUGCCUCCCAGUCCAGAGCCUUCUUUUGCUCCUGCACCAGUUAAGGGAAUCAAUCCCACGGGUCGAAAGCGGAGGGGACCGCCGAAGGAGGCCACUGCGAAACGAGCUAAAAUUGCUUUGCAAGGUGAGCCGACCAAAUUUUUUGGCGGAAUCUGUGUUGGCAUAGUGCUUGGGGCCUUCAUCAUCAAUCAGGCGCCAGACUCUACGACUCCUGGGUCGUCAUCGUCAACAUCGGCAUCGUUGAAGCGUCGACACCAGGCCGUGGGGGGACGUGUCGGUGGAGUGGUAGAGGAAGAGGAGGAAGAACACAGUUCAUAUUCCCCCAUCGCCAGUACUUCGGCAACAGCCAAAAAACGUGGUGCAAAACGCAGUCGAAGGGCACCGAAGAAGAGUUCAGCGGCGACAGAAAUGAUAGAGCCCGCAAUACUGAAGCCAUCUACCACAGAAAAUGAGGAUGUGAAGGGGAUGAAAGAGAAAAAAGAUGAACAAAUAGAAAAGAGCGAGGAGUCCGAUGAAUUGGCUGUUCCGUCGCCGUCAAAGUCCCCCGUCGCAGAGGUGAAAACCUCAUUGAGCAAAAAGGAGUUACUAGCUCUGCAGCGUAGGCAAUUGCUCCAGCAUCUGGAUCAU